GCUGAGUCCAGACAGUGGGAGUCCGGCGAGCACUACAGCUCCCAGGAAGCGGGGAGGGGAGGAGGGGCGGCCAGGGAGAGCGCCCUGAGGUCGUAGGCUGUCUGGCCUGGGCGGGAGGUGUAGUGCAGUUAUGCUUCGGAGCUGCUGCUGGCGUCUCCGAGCGCGAUUUUGCUGCCUGCGUGGCGGUCUCUGGGUUCCCGCCGAUGGGGGCCACCGGAGCUUGGUCUCCUGCAUCGAUCCUUCCAUGGGACUCAAUGAAGAGCAGAAAGAAUUUCAGAAAGUGGCCUUUGACUUUGCUGCCCGAGAGAUGGCUCCAAAUAUGGCGGAGUGGGACCAGAAGGAGCUGUUUCCAGUGGAUGUGAUGCGAAAAGCAGCCCAGCUAGGCUUUGGGGGGGUCUACGUUCGAACAGAUGUAGGUGGGUCCGGACUGUCACGGCUCGAUACCUCUGUCAUCUUUGAAGCCUUGGCUACAGGCUGCACCAGCACCACAGCCUAUAUAAGCAUUCACAACAUGUGUGCCUGGAUUAUUGACAUGUUUGGAGAUGAGGAACAGAGGCACAAAUUUUGUCCACUGCUCUGUACCAUGGAGAAGUUUGCCUCCUACUGUCUCACUGAACCAGGAAGUGGGAGCGAUGCUGCCUCCCUUUUGACCUCAGCUAACCGACAAGGAGAUCGUUACAUCCUCAAUGGCUCCAAGGCCUUCAUCAGUGGUGGAGGUGAGUCAGACAUCUAUGUGGUCAUGUGCCGAACAGGAGGACCUGGGCCCAAAGGCAUCUCAUGCAUACUUGUUGAGAAAGGGACCCCUGGCCUCAGCUUUGGCAAGAAGGAAAAAAAGGUGGGGUGGAAUUCACAGCCAACCCGAGCUGUGAUCUUUGAAGACUGUGCUGUCCCCGUGGCCAACAGGAUCGGGAACGAGGGCCAGGGCUUCCUCAUUGCCAUGAAGGGACUGAACGGAGGGAGGAUCAACGUUGCUUCCUGCUCUCUGGGGGCUGCUCACGCUUCAGUCCUGCUCACCCGAGACCACCUCCAUGUCCGGAAGCAGUUUGGAGAGCCUCUGGCCAGUAACCAGUAUCUGCAAUUCAAGCUGGCUGACAUGGCAACCAGGCUGGUGGCCUCACGGCUGAUGAUCCGCAAUGCAGCAGUGGCCCUGCAGGAGGGACGGGAAGAUGCAGUGGCCCUGUGCUCUAUGGCCAAGCUCUUCGCUACAGACGAGUGCUUUACUAUCUGCAACCAAGCUUUACAGAUGCAUGGAGGUUACGGCUACCUGAAGGACUAUGCUGUUCAGCAGUACGUGCGGGACUCCAGGGUCCACCAAAUCCUAGAAGGUAGCAACGAAGUGAUGAGGAUGCUGAUCUCCCGAAGCCUGCUGCAGGAAUAGCAGCUGACACGGUGUUUGGCGUGUAGCUCAGAUCAGUGUGGACUGGUUCCUUGUGGACUAUUACGUUACAGAUGUGUCGUGUGUUGGAGCAAAGGGCUGGCCUCCUCCAAGUGGACCCUUCACUCUAUGUGCCAGCAGCAGUGUCAGCCAGCAGACUCAGGCAAGGUCCUGGGCAGGACUGGAGGAGCUGUCCUGAUGGGAAUGUCGUGAGAAGACACACUACUUUGUCUUCUAAUGCAGAAAGCUAACCAGUGAGGACUCCCAACCAAACCAAAGUCCUUUCUUAGAUCCAUGUUGCCUUGAUUUGUCUGUAUUUUGCUGUUUCACCGAAUCUCUGUAAUGGGGAUCUGGAUACUUCUGUGAGGGCUUUUCCUAAUGAUAAGGUACGUGUGCAGGAAAGGAGAACUGGAGAGAGAGCAGCCCCCUCUCUUCUGUUUUCUGUACCUCAACUAAAGAUUCAGAAAGUUUCUGUGGGUUGCACUUCCUGUGUAGCAUUCCCCUGAAUGGAAAUCAUGAUAAAUAAGCAUUAGGGAAACUACUCCUGAACUGUAAUUUAGGGUGUAUCUGCACUUCGGGACUACCUGAAUUUCAAGGGCCAAGAUUAUUUGGAACUUUGCAUAUUUGUUUUUUAGUAGCAAGUGAUCUAGAAAUGGUAUUCAAACUGCUAUAAUCCUUCCUGAUAAGUACUUUGAGUGUAUUUUUUUCUCUCAAAAGUUUUUUUAAUUUGCUCCUUAUAUUUUUAGUCACUAAAUCGAUAGAUAAAAUCUUCCCCUCUUUCUAUUGUCUCCAGUUCUAUUAAAGGUGGGUUUUAUUUUA